UAUGGCGGUCCGUUUUUCAGAAGACGCACUUAAAAGCGAAAGUGCAAGGAAUGGAGAUACGAAAGCUCAAUUGAAGGGAAAUAAAUCAAACUCCAGCUUUAUUGGAUCGCUGGUACAGGAUGCAACAAAGCUGCACAUUACACUUGCAACAGAUGCCGAUGGUUGGGACAAGUCUGUCAAUGGAAAACUUCUUCUAGAACUUGCAGAGAAUCCACAAGUAAGUGUCACUGGGUUUGUACCUAAGCACACCCAAAAGCAGAAAGACCAUGCAAGGGGAUUAAACAUUGAACUUGUUGAUGCCAAAGAUAUCCCAGGAUAUCCAUCAGCUGAGCUUCUGGCUUAUCCACCUGACAAUCUUGACAUUGAUAUCCUGAUCAUUCACUCUUAUGGGCAUGACCUAGGGCGACAAGCACAGAUUAUUAAAGCAACCAAAAAGUGCCAGUGGGUAAAUGUUGUCCAUACAGUCAGUGAAGAGCUAGAGAAAUUUUUAGUUAAGAAAUCUGCAAACCCAGCUACAAAUGACCAAACAUCUGAGCAUGAACUUCAGACAAUCUUGUGCGAAAUGUCUGACCUUGUCAUUGCCAUUGGUCCAAAAGUUACAGAGGCAUACCGAUCUGCCCUGCGUUUCUGUGGUAAAGACAAAGGGGUGAUUGAUUUGACUCCUGGAAUUAUUGAAGAACUCCUUGGUGUGCGCCAGAAUAUCAAAGGCUCAGGUGAAAAGUUCCGUGUGCUGCUCAGUGCUUCAUCCAAGUAUUUCUUGGUCAAAGGAUGUGAUAUUGCAGCCUAAGCUAUCAAGCUGUUACAAGAUUCAUCAUAUCAGCUCAUAUUUUUUAGACAGCCAAAGGAUAAUGAAGAUGAGUUGAAGCCAGCCUUCUUUGAUGCAGGAAUCAAUGUACAUCAACUGACCAUCAGGAAAGAUUCUGGUACUAUUGACUUUUGGCCCAAGUUGCUUUGUGAAGUGGAUCUGGUUAUCAAACCAUCAAGAACAGAAGGUUUUGGAAUAAGUGGUCUGCGUGCCAUUUCAGCAGACCUCCCUGUUCUUGUGAGUGGAAACUGUGGUCUUGGUAUGGUGUUGAAGUCAUUACCCUCUGGCACUCAGCAUGUAAUUGAUUCUGAAGACCCUCAGGCCUGGGCUGAUGCAAUGAAGAAAGUCAGGGAAAAGGCAGUGCAUGAACGAAGGGAGGAAUCAGAACAACUAAGGAAUGAUUAUAUGCAGCAAUUCAACUGGAAGUUACAGUGCAAUGAAAUUGUAAAGAAAAUGUUUUCAGUGGUUCAAUACAAAUCUGAGCAUAGAAAGGAAGCUGUUGAGCUACAGUUUACUGAGACUACAAGAGAUCUGCAGUCAUUGCACAUGAAUCCCGACAAUGUGGAUGGAGGUCAGUACCACCAGUGUGAGAGUGAGAAGAUGAGUAUUCAGGAGACCAGCCAGUUCCCCAGCUCAUACAAAUGCGGAGACAUCUCUCGCAAGAACAUGGCAGUGAUUAAUCUACCUCUUAAAGAGUACAGCAAAGUUUGCAUGAUGCUCAACGUCAAGCGGGAUCUGAAAUUUGAUGACUUCAGGAUGCUUGCUGAGAAAGUUGGAUUCGACAGGGAUGAGAUACGAAUGAUUGAACAAGGUGAAAAUCCCACCGAUGCAAUUCUGCAAACUUGGUCAUCAAAGAGAGGAGCAACUGUUGGAAAAUUGAUUGAACUGUUGAAAGGCGAGGACCUGGAGAGAAUGGAUGUUGCAAAGGUGCUUGAAGAAUGGGUAAAUGAUCCUUGUUGGUAAACAUUUAGGACACAUCUCUUCCAUGAGACAGAUUUGAAUGUACUUGUGGUGGAAGAGCAAUCUUAUUGUUAGUCUAAGUUUUAUCAUUAAAAGUUUUCAAGAAAUCUGUAGACUUGGAGAAUGUUCUAGUUUUUUUAUGUUAGAACUUCUCUUUUGACUCCAGUCAAAUAAUGGAGACCCUUAGAUUCGACGACUUCGAGGAAGAGUGCGAGUUUUGGCCGCGCAGAGGCUAGCACUAUUGACUGGCACUCGUGGUCGCUCUCGUCAAAUCGCAACAUUUAGAUGUCACAAUGAGUGCGAGUUUUUUGUUUACUUAGUUUCAUUCGCAGUGUUAGGUCUCCUAUGCCUGUUUUUACCUUCAAAAAAAUACCCUUUUUGCCAAGGACAUCACAGAUUAGGUUAUCUCUAAGCUGUUCAUAAAAACUAAGGUUAAAUAAUUAUGUAAAACUCACCUUUGCAAACUCGUCGUAGAGAGAACGACUUCUGCCAGAAAUCUCGUAGUCGACGACAAGCUGGCGACAAGUUGACCAAUUUGCAUGACGGCGUGAUGGCUAGUGCGCAUGCUCAGAAUGCGCGCGUGGAAAAUCUUGUACUCGUCCUCGAAGUUGUCGUCAAAUCUAAAGGUCUCUAAUGGUUUACAAAGUCCACUUAUGACCUUUUCUCAGGUCUUGAUAUUGAUGUAUAAUAUUGAUAGCUUAUUAUCCAGCUCUUUGUACAGUGCAUGUCCUUUCAAAGAUCACUUAAGUGAUAAAACUAUUAACAACUAGCCUUGAUGGCUGAUUGCUGGUCACAUAAACCUCAAUUUGAUUUUUCUUCUGGUAUGUACAACAAAAAAGUAUCUAGAGAGAGGUUGCAGCCAGUUUGUGUUUCAAUGAAAUCAUCUGAAUAAUAUUUUUAAAGACAUGUUAGCUCAAUGGAUAGAGCGCUGGACUGUUGUG